AUGGCGAUGCCUGUGCCUACUGCUCUAGCUGUGCCAUCAGCUUCAUUGAAAAGUAGUAGCAUGGCUACACUGGAAGUAGACUGGAGGCGAGCCAUAUUGUUGAGCUCGGUGGGCAGCAAGACGUACAGUCUGAUGAGGAACUUAUUGAGUCCUGAUAAACCGGGGGAUAAAUCGUUCACGGAGUUGACGAGCUUGCUUCAGUCACAUUAUAACCCAAAGCCGAGUGCAAUAGUCCAAAGGUUCAAGUUAAAUUCAAGGACUAGACUGGCCAAUGAAACGGUGACGGAGUAUGUCGCAGUGCUGAGGGAACUGGCGCAACACUGUAAUUAUGGGGACAGACUGACAGAAAUGCUACGAGAUAGGCUCGUAUGUGGCAUUGCAGAUGACCGCAUACAACGCAGAUUGUUAGCGGAGCCUGAGUUGUCAUUUGAAAAGGCCUUGAAGUUGGCACAGGCCAUCGAGACGGCGAAUAAAGACAUUCGUGAUUUACAGCCAAGAACCAUUGAAGGGGUGGGGAGCAGGAGUGCUACCCCACUGCCAGUGCAUAAAGUGGUCGGGGAGCAUAAAUCACAAGGGAAGUCUGGUCAGUAUGCUUGUUACAGGUGUGGUGGGGAACAUCUGUCAAGGAACUGUCGUUUCUUAAAUGAAAAAUGUCAUGCUUGCAGAAAAAAGGGCCAUGUGAAGAAAAUGUGCCGAUCAACGCCCUCUAGGGACCAGCCAAGAAAGGGGGAGGAAAAGAGCAGUAUGAUGGACAGGAAGGGGAACCGGAAAAUAAAACGGCAGUAUGCACACCACAUGCGUGAAGGUGAAACCGUUCCCACGCUGGGGAUGGCUAAAGUAACUGUAAAACAUAAAGAUAAAGUCAAACAGUUGCCAGUCAUGGUGGUAGCAGGUAAUGGGCCAAACCUGUUGGGCCGGGCGUGGCUAAAGGAGCUGGAAAUGGGUUGUCUACGGCUCCAUAAAGUAGAACAGCAGGGGCUGGCUUUGCAAGAUGUGCUGGAGAACAAUGAAGAAGUGUUCAAAGAGGAACUGGGGACCUGGAAGGGUCCACCAGCCAAGAUACACGUUAAAGGAGACGCAACGCCAAGAUUUUACAAACCCCGACCCGUACCAUACGCAAUGAAGAAGAAAGUGGAGACUGAGUUGGAGCGACUCACCAAGCAAGGUAUAAUUGAACCAGUGAAGUUUUCGGAAUGGGUGGCACCAAUUGUUCCAGUAUUAAAGCCAGAUAAUACUGUACGCAUAUGUGGGGACUACAAGCUAACAGUGAACCAAGUUUCGAAACUGGAACAGUAUCCCUUACCCAAGGUGGAGGAUGUAUUUGAAAAGCUGUCGGGAGGUGAAAAGUUUAGUAAACUGGACCUCAGUCAUGCAUAUCAACAAGUAGUUCUGGAAGAAGGGUCAAAGGCAUAUGUCACCCUUAACACACACAAAGGACUGUUCCAAGUAAAUCGUUUACCCUUUGGGGUUUCCUCUAGUCCAGCUAUUUUCCAGAGAAUAAUGGAGGGACUGGUGGCAGGAAUUCCGAAGGUGGCUGUGUAUCUGGACGACAUCCUGUUGACGGGUAGGAACAAUUGCGAGCAUCUGGAGACUUUGAAUGAGGUGCUAAGGCGACUGCGAGAGGCUGGUUUACGGGUGAAGAGGAGUAAAUGUGCUUUCAUGGCAAAGGAAGCAGAGUUCCUGGGUUACAAGGUGGAUGCCUCGGGCCUACACCCCCUGCCAGACAAGGUAAAAGCCAUCCAAGAGGCACCGGCACCCACAAAUGUUACAGAGCUGAAGGCCUAUUUAGGCUUACUCAACUAUUAUAACAGGUUCCUACCAAAUCUGUCAACGCUGUUAGCUCCUUUACAUAAACUGUUAAGGAAGGAGACCCUGUGGACGUGGCAGGAGGAACAAGAUAAAGCGUUUGAGCAGUCCAAGGAACUAAUGCAGUCUUCAGAGGUUUUGGUGCACUACGAUAGUCACAAGGACUUAAUUUUGUCAUGUGAUGCCUCACCUUAUGGGUUAGGGGCCGUGUUGGCACACCGUAUGCCAGAUGGACAAGAGAGACCCAUUGGGUUCAUGUCACAAACCUUGACACCAGCGGAGUCAAACUAUUCCCAGCUAGACAAAGAGGGUUUGGCUGUAAUGUUUGGAAUUAAGAGGUUCCACAAAUACCUCUAUGGCAGGAAGUUUACUGUCUACACCGAUCAUAAGCCUUUGUUGUCACUGUUCAACGAGAUGAAGGCUGUGCCUCAGAUGGUUUCUCCCCGCAUUCAGAGAUGGGCUGUAACAUUGAGAGCUUAUGAAUAUGAGAUUGUUUAUAAGCCCGGGAAACACCAUAGUAAUGCGGACGCGCUGAGCCGUCUGCCGCUACCGGGGCCUCUCCAGCGAGAGGAAACGGAAGACCGAAUGUUGAUGAUGGAGGACAUCACGUUGGUGUCAGCGAAGGAAUUGAGCGAAUGGACACGAAACGACCCGGUGUUGGCUCGAGUGUUUCAGUGGGUCCAGCAAGGCUGGACCACCCAACAACCUGAUCCAGUUUUCCGGCCUUAUGAGGUGAGGAAAACAGAGCUGAGUGUGCAAGAUGGAUGCGUGUUGUGGGGGGCACGAGUGAUAAUUCCGCCCCCAGGAAGACGUGCACUUUUACAACAGCUGCACCAAGGUCAUGUGGGCAUCACCCGAAUGAAGGCCUUAGCACAAAGUUAUUUCUGGUGGCCAAAGUUGGACCACGACAUUGGUGCUGUGAAAGAGUGUAAAACCUGUCAGCAACAUCGCAACUUACCUGUGGCGGCACCACUACACCCAUGGGAGUGGCCGAGUAGACCUUGGCAGAGACUUCAUAUAGACUAUGCAGGGCCUUUUAUGGGGGCAAUGUUUCUGAUAAUAAUGGAUGCUCAUUCUAAAUGGCUGGAUGCCUACCCAGUCAAAACACCCACUUCCACCACUACCAUUGAAUGCCUGAGGAAGAGUUUCAGUAACCAAGGUUUACCAGAGACUAUUGUUUCAGAUAAUGCUUCAUGUUUUAUGAGUGGAGAGUUCAAAGGGUUCCUGGAAAGAAAUGGCAUUGUACACGUCACAUCAGCACCCUACCAUGCGGCUUCAAAUGGCUGUGCUGAAAGGGCUGUCCAGACCUUUAAAGCGAUGAUGAAAAAGGCCGGAGACGGAAGUAUGGCAGCAAAAGUAUCGAGGGUGUUAUUCAACUACCGCAUUACACCCCAGUCUACCACGGGAUACCCUGCCGAGAUGUUGCAAGGACGGAGAUUAAGAUCCACAUUGGAUCUGGUGCAUCCCAACAUCCGAGCUAAGGUAGAGGGGAUACAGUGGAGGCAAAAAGUACAUCACGAUCGACGACGGAGAGAGAGAAGUUUCCUGGAGGGAGAUGCCGUGAUGACGCGAAACUUCAGUUAUGGACCUAAAUGGAUUCCAGGGUUUAUUGUCAGGAGCACAGGUCCCCUGUCGUACCAGGUGAGGUUGAAUGGAGGUUCAGUGGUGAGGAGACAUGUGGACCAGAGUCUGCGGAGUGUGCAGGAGAAGGACUCCCUGGAACUGCAAGCCCCGGAAAUACCUUUAAGAGAUGGAUUGGCUGUUACAUGUGGAAAGGCUGACAAGCAUGCAGAAAUGGCAGAGACAUACUUUGAUGGAGAUGCAAGUGUCUCAGUAUCAGCAGGAAAAGAAGCAUUAGUGAGGACAAAAAAACAAUUGAUUAGACAGUUAUCAAUUUCAGCUAUUGUCACAGGGUUAAUGCAAGCCCUAGGAAUCUUUGGAUUCUCAAAGGAAUGGCUACCUGAUUACACUGGUAAAACAAAACCCUUGACUGAUAUGCUUAAGGGAAACAAGAAGGGAUAUGACCCUCUCAACUGGAACAAUGAGACAUUAGCAGCUUUCUCUAAGAUCAAGGAAGAACGUAUUUCUGUACCUGCCUUGGAUGCCCCAGAAAGAGACAAAGAGUUCAUCAUACAGUUUGAACAUAAUGGUGAAACUAUGAUGGCUAUAGUAUUGCAAAAGAGAGGAUCUCAGUAUCAGGUUUUGGGUUAUUAUUCCCAAACUAUGAGUCCAGUUGAAAAAGGAAUGAUGGAAUGUGAAAAGCAAGCCAUUAGAGAAGAAUGGACCACUGGAGUGACACACCAUAUGAUUCAUGGCUCUCAAGGUGUGCUACAGACCAAACAUACCCCAGUAAAAUACAGGCAAGAAGGAGACCCAAAGGGGAUGAACAAUGCCCAACCCUGUAGAAUCAUUGCAAGUUUUGCAAGUCAGGAAGGAAGGAUUAGAGCAGACGUCCCUCGGAUUAAGUUUUUACCAGAAUUCUUUAAUUACCAAGGAAAAUCUCAUGAAUGUCCUGACUUGGAAAAUAAGGAGGAACACUUAAAGGCAGAUAAUUUCAAGAAGAAAAGACAGAAUCAUGAAAGUCCUGAUAUCAACUGUGAUCCUGUUAAACUUUUACUCCCUGGCACAAGGAAAAGCGAAUUUUAA